UUGGCUGUCAGACAGUUCAGAGGGAGACUCCGUGGCCAUCUUUGUGGAGGAACAACAGCUCUGUGACAAAGGCUUCCCAGUGCUGCCCAGGGGACCCCAAAUGUAUAGGCAGGAAAGAAAUGGAAGAAAGCUAUGAAACAUUUGAAGAGGAGUUAUGGCCACCAAGAGCAGAUCCUCCUCCACAGAAGCCUGUUAGGCAGAUCCGCAAACCAGAAAUGUACGCUACCAGAAAAAUCAGAGAGGAAAUGGGUCCAGCUUUGCAGCAGCCAACAGCAGAACCCAAGACUUUACCCAGAGAGGUCAGCCUCCCCAAAGCAACAUCCUUGCACAAAAGCUUGUCCAUCCAGAAUCUGACACAGAUUGAAACACCGUGGGAGAAUGUCACUCUAAACCGCUGUUUGUUUGUGGCCAUUACCAUCCUGGUGCUCACCUCAGGCUUUCAGAGACUUCAUGAAACCUUACGUGGUCAGCGGGCAGCUGAAGAAGAGGAGGAAGAAUCUGGACUUACAAUGAGGCGAUCAGGCUCACUGCGACACAGGGGGCCGCCGCCAGAGCCUGAAACAUCUCUGUGGGAAGUCAUGUUUUGGUGGCUGCCUGACUUUGAUGAAGAGGAAGAAGAGGAAGAGGAUGAUGGAGAGGUCAAAAGAGGAAAACCAAAGAGAGGAGCAACAGCACGAGGAUUAAGAGGUCUGAGAAACAAGCCGCUGCCAGAUAAACUCAUGAAGCGAAGAGAUGGAAAAUUAAAGGAUAGGAGAGCCAAGAAAGCCAGGGUAGAAGAACUCAAAGCCAAGAAAGAAAGAGCCAAAAAGGAUGAUCCUGAAGAUGCAGGAGAUGACGAUGGAGACAAGGAGGCAGUUGCUAAGGAAAAUAAGAAAUUAGAGGAAAGGAAAGAAAAGUGUCAAAAAGGAUGAUACUUUCACAGCGGCAGAUCUGGUAGAAGCGAUGAUCCCAACAGCUGAUUUGAUUAACAGUUAUUAAAGGGUGGCAAAUUCUGAGCCUUAAAGUUU